AUGCCAAAUAAAAUACGUUUUUGUAUCGUAUGUAAACGUUAUGAUCGUAAAACUCGAUUAAAUUAUACUCGUAUCUAUACACCGGAACGUGAAGAAAAAUUACUCGAAGGUUAUCGUCGUCGAUAUAAAGGACAAGAAUUAAGUCGUCCUAUAUUAAAUGAACUUGUUCAUCAAAAAUGUUAUAAUAAAAUAGUACAAGGUGUAUCAUCAAAUGAUUCGAAUGAAAUUUUGCCAUCUAUUGAACAGAACGAAGAUGUUACUGACGAAGAACAAGAGAAAGACCAGACAUCAUUGAUACAAUUUCGCUCACGUAUGCCAUUUCCAUCGAAGAGUAAAAAACAUUUAUUUGAACGUCGUCAACGUGUUUGUGCUAUUUGCAAUCGUUACGGUUAUAGAUCUCAUAAUAAAAUGAAACAAAUCGUAUCGAAUUUUAUGGCAAAUAAAUUAGCCGAAGGUUAUUCAUAUAUCCAUAAAAAACCCUAUGGUCAAUCAUUACUGGAUGCUUAUAUACAUGAAACUUGUUUUCGUAAACUUUAUUCGAGUUACCGAUAUCAUACAUCGAAGAAAUUUAUGAAUCAAAGUCCUCUAAGACGUCAUCAACCAUUUGCUCGUCAAGUAUUAAUUUCUCCACAUGGAACACGAAGUCGUUCUAAUCUUGAUAAACUAUCAAUGGAAUCGGAAUCACCAGAAUCUAGAUCGAAGCCGUCAACUGAUGAACCUGCUAAUCUAUCUAUCGAACGAUUGUUCUCUACACCAUUAUAUACAUCGACAAAUACAAGUGCUGAACUUAGUGCUCGAUCUUGUCUUUUUCGACCAUGUAUACAACGACUUGCACCAGAAGAAGUUGAAUUUUAUACAAAACGAAAAUUAAUAUUGGAAAAGAUCAACGAAGAAAAUCCACCAAUAGAUCAAUUGCCAACGAUUCGAUCAUCGGUUACACAAACAUUAACAACCGAUGCUUCCGUAGUUUAUUCAAAUCAAGAUAUUGAUGAUAAUGAUAUUCAAAUCAUUGAACAAGAUCGAUCUCCAGAUUGGACACCAACACAUCUAUCAUCAUCUCCUUCCGUAUUUAACAAAGCACAAAAUAUCUGUACAGCAGCAGCAGCAGCAGCUAAAAUUCGUCGUCGAUAUUUAAAACCGCCACCAUUAGCAAAACCAACAAAUCCGCUUAUACCUGAUCAUACCUAUAUCAACAAUAUUACUGUAAAAAAAACGCCAGUUAAUCUAGAAAAACUAGCUGAUUGGCUUAUGGAAGAAUUAAAAUCAUCUCCAAAUCCUAUGUCAAUGGGUGAAGUAUUACAAAAAUAUAAAGAAUUACUUGAAGGAGAAACUGGUACUACGACACGUGAAAAUGUUCACCGGGAACGAUUAAGACAUCAAUUGGAAAAAUACUAUUCAAGUAAAUUUAUAUUUGUCACACCAAAUAAACGUGAAGGCACGUUCGUUGCUCUUCACGAUAUUGAUCAUUACGUUCGAUAUGCUAUAAAAAAUGCUAAACAAGAAAAAGAAAAAGCCACGGAAGCUUCAAUUUUAUCUUCGAUUGUUUUACAACCAACACCUGUUGAUCAUUCACGUCAAACAUGUGAAGCCGUUAUGAAUGGUAUACGUAAAAUUCGUUUGUAUAUUCGUGAUCCAAAACAACUUGAUUCGUCGCCAUCAUUAUUCAUGCGAAAUGUUGUCGGCUUAAUGUCGACAAGUGAAAAACAAUUUCAUAAAAUUUCUCAACAGUAUGAUUUUUAUCGAAUGAUUGAUGAAGAUCUUUUCGAUAAUGGAAAUGAUAAAAUACCAAAUAAAGUCGAUAAAAGUGUACGAAAUAUGAGUUUAGCAUCGGAUUUGAUUAGUGCACGACACGAUAAUCGAAUUUCCAAAAAGCAUUUUCAAUUAGCUGAUGAAUUUACAAAGAAGAAUUUUAAUUCGACACCAAAACAAAUUAUAACAUUAUUAAAUCGUUACGGCCAUACAUGUUCAUAUAAAAGUUAUACGAAAAUGAAAGCAUCAAAAGAAAGAGCAACCAAUGAAUUGGGACCAGAAAUUAUAGAUGAAAUUGAAAAUAUCAUUAGAAACGGUGAUAAAUCAUCUGAUUCCGAAAUGGAUUUGAUGGAAUUCUAA